AUUUUUGAAAAUGUGGAGAAUGAACCUGUUAGUAUCGAUGAAUUGGCAUUCAAGUUUGCAAUCACCAGCCUCAACAGGAACAAGACCCUGAUGCCCAAUACCACCCUGACAUAUGACAUUCAAAGAAUUAACCUCUUUGACAGUUUUGAAGCAUCAAGAAGAGCUUGUGAUCAGCUUGCCCUUGGAGUUGCUGCAGUGUUUGGCCCUACCCAUAGUUCUUCUGUAAGUGCAGUACAGUCCAUCUGUAAUGCUCUUGAAGUUCCACACAUACAGACUCGCUGGAAACAUCCUGCAGUUGAUAACAAGGACUCAUUUCAUAUCAACCUCUUCCCAGACUACGCAGCAAUUAGCAAAGCCAUCUUAGACCUGGUGCUUUAUUUCAACUGGAGGAUUGUGACGGUCGUAUAUGAAGACAGCACAAGUCUAAUUCGAUUACAAGAACUCAUCAAAGCCCCUUCAAGACAUAACAUUAAAGUUAAAAUCCGUCAACUUCCCUCUGGAAAUAAGGACGUGAGACCUUUGCUGAAAGAGAUGAAGAAAGGCAAAGAAUUCUACGUGAUAUUUGAUUGCAACUAUGACGUAGCAGCAGAAAUUCUGAAACAGAUUCUUUCAAUGGGAAUGAUGACAGAAUAUUACCAUUACUUUUUCACAACACUGGACUUGUUUGCUUUGGACUUGGAACCUUAUCGGUACAGUGGAGUGAACAUGACUGGUUUUCGUCUUCUAAACAUUGACAGUCCACAAGUUGCAUCAAUUAUUGAGAAGUGGUCAAUGGAUCAUAUGCCACCAAAGCCAGAUACUGGUUUACUUUAUGACAUAAUGACAACUGAAGCUGCCCUGAUGUAUGAUGCUGUGUAUCUGAUAGCAGUAGCCUCUCAACGUGCCUCGCAGAUAACUGUCAGCUCUCUACAGUGCCACCGGCAUAAACCAUGGCGCUUUGGUCCCAGGUUCAUAAAUGUAAUUAAAGAGACUCGGUGGGAUGGCUUGACAGGACGAAUCUCCUUCAACAGAACUGAUGGAUUAAGAAAAGACUUUGAUUUGGACAUUAUCAGCCUCAAAGAAGAUGGAGUGGAAAAGAUUGGUAUUUGGAAUUCAAACAUCGGCCUUAAUAUGACAGACAACAUCAAGGACAAGGGUACUAAUAUAACAGACUCCAUGGCAAAUCGGACAUUGAUCGUUACUACAAUUCUGGAAGAUCCAUAUCUUAUGUAUAAGAAAUCUGAUAAACCACUUUAUGGAAAUGACAGAUUUGAAGGCUAUUGUUUGGAUUUACUGAAGGAGCUGUCUAACAUAUUGGGUUUCACGUAUGAAGUCAAAUUGGUGUCAGAUGGUAAAUAUGGAGCACAAAAUGAUAAAGGUGAAUGGAAUGGAAUGGUCCGAGAACUUAUUGAUCAUAAAGCUGAUUUGGCUGUUGCUCCCCUUACCAUCACAUAUGUGAGAGAGAAGGUAAUAGACUUUUCAAAGCCAUUCAUGACUCUAGGGAUUAGUAUUUUGUACCGAAAACCUAAUGGAACAAAUCCAGGAGUAUUCUCUUUUCUCAAUCCUCUAUCUCCUGACAUCUGGAUGUAUGUUCUACUAGCCUGCUUGGGAGUAAGCUGUGUGCUGUUUGUUAUUGCCAGGUUUACUCCAUACGAGUGGUAUAAUCCGCAUCCAUGCAAUCCUGACUCCGAUGUGGUGGAAAACAAUUUUACUUUACUAAAUAGUUUCUGGUUUGGAGUUGGAGCUCUCAUGCAGCAAGGAUCUGAACUAAUGCCAAAGGCCCUCUCCACCAGAAUAGUUGGUGGAAUCUGGUGGUUUUUCACUCUGAUCAUAAUCUCAUCCUAUACUGCAAAUCUGGCUGCCUUCCUGACUGUGGAACGAAUGGAGUCUCCUAUAGAUUCAGCAGAUGAUUUGGCAAAGCAGACAAAAAUAGAAUAUGGUGCUGUACGAGAUGGUUCGACAAUGACAUUUUUUAAAAAAUCUAAAAUUUCUACAUAUGAAAAAAUGUGGGCUUUCAUGAGCAGCAGGCAGCAAACUGCACUUAUAAAGAACAAUGAUGAAGGUAUUCAGCGUGUCCUUACAACAGACUACGCACUUCUCAUGGAAUCGACCAGCAUUGAGUAUGUUACUCAGAGGAACUGUAACCUUACACAGAUUGGAGGCCUCAUUGAUUCCAAAGGCUAUGGAGUGGGUACACCAAUAGGUUCUCCAUAUAGAGAUAAGAUCACUAUAGCAAUACUUCAGCUGCAGGAAGAGGGCAAGUUGCACAUGAUGAAGGAAAAGUGGUGGAGAGGAAAUGGAUGCCCUGAAGAAGACAGUAAAGAAGCAAGUGCCCUUGGGGUGGAAAACAUUGGAGGCAUCUUUAUAGUUCUUGCUGCUGGACUUGUUCUUUCCGUGUUUGUAGCCAUUGGAGAGUUCAUUUAUAAGUCUAGAAAGAACAGUGAUAUAGAGCAGUGUCUGUCUUUCGGUGCUAUAAUGGAGGACCUUGGAAUUUCCCUGAAGUGUCACAAAAACCUCAGAAAGAGGUCAAGAACAAAAGGAAGUUCUUCAUUAUCCAGUAUCCUCACAUGUCACCAGAGAAGAAUACUAAGGAAAGAAACAAUGGCGUGAUAACACAGGCCUCAGGCAAAUUUACAUUUUGUGCAAAUAUACCUUUUAUGAUGACAAAAAAAAAGACUUAGUAAGGGGAUUUUUCUUGGGGAGGGGGUUGAACAUCCACUGAACUGAAUUCUACGCAAUUAUUUCUAUAAUUUUUUAUAUACCUAUCUGCCAUAGAUAAAGACUGCAGAAAAUAGAGCAAAAAUGUAAUGUAUGAAUGACUGCAAUAGUGCUAAUUAACUCAAUUAUGAGUAUAUCAUAUCUGUUUUUAAACAAGUUUGUACUAACUCAGACCCAUUUGACAAUGGUUAUCCCCUUACUUUGCAGAGCUACAUGUGAUUUCUAAAUAAAUUAUGAAAAUUGAA